GUCGGUGUCCUCACCUUUUAGGAGCCCCCGCCUCUGUUCCUGCGGACGCUUCCCGUGCUCUCCGCUCUGCCGCCGUCCACUGCCCACCAUGGCCCUGCUGCACUCCAGCCGCGUCCUCUCCGGGGUGGCUGCCGCCUUUCACCCAGGCCUUGCAGCCGCAGCCUCUGCCAGAGCCAGCUCCUGGUGGACCCAUGUAGAAAUGGGACCCCCGGAUCCCAUCCUGGGAGUUACUGAAGCCUUCAAGAGAGACACCAACAGCAAAAAGAUGAACCUGGGAGUUGGUGCCUACCGAGAUGAUAAUGGGAAGCCUUAUGUGCUCCCCAGUGUCCGGAAGGCAGAGGCCCAGAUUGCUGCAAAGAAUUUGGACAAAGAAUACCUGCCCAUCGGGGGGCUGGCGGAAUUCUGCAAGGCUUCUGCAGAACUGGCCCUGGGAGAGAACAACGAAGUGCUGAAAAGUGGCCGGUUUGUCACUGUGCAGACCAUUUCCGGGACUGGAGCCUUAAGGAUCGGAGCCAGUUUUCUGCAAAGAUUUUUUAAGUUCAGCCGAGAUGUCUAUCUGCCCAAACCAUCCUGGGGAAAUCACACGCCCAUCUUCAGGGAUGCUGGUAUGCAGCUACAAGGGUAUCGAUACUAUGACCCCAAGACUUGCGGAUUUGACUUCUCAGGAGCCGUAGAAGACAUUUCAAAAAUCCCAGAGCAGAGUGUUCUUCUCCUGCAUGCCUGUGCUCACAACCCCACGGGCGUGGACCCGCGUCCAGAGCAGUGGAAGGAAAUCGCGGCAGUGGUGAAGAAAAAGAAUCUCUUCGCAUUCUUUGAUAUGGCCUACCAAGGCUUUGCCAGUGGUGAUGGUGACAAGGACGCCUGGGCUGUGCGCUACUUCAUUGAGCAGGGCAUUAAUGUUUGUGUCUGCCAAUCAUAUGCCAAGAACAUGGGCCUAUAUGGUGAGCGAGUGGGAGCCUUCACCAUGGUCUGCAAAGAUGCUGAUGAAGCCAAAAGAGUGGAGUCACAACUGAAGAUCCUGAUCCGCCCCAUGUAUUCCAACCCACCUCUCAACGGUGCCCGGAUUGCAGCAACCAUCCUGACCUCCCCGGACUUGAGAAAGCAAUGGUUGCAAGAAGUGAAAGGCAUGGCCGACCGCAUCAUUAGCAUGAGGACACAGUUGGUCUCCAACCUGAAGAAAGAGGGGUCCUCCCACAACUGGCAGCACAUCACCGACCAGAUUGGCAUGUUUUGUUUCACUGGCCUAAAGCCUGAGCAGGUGGAGCGGCUGAUCAAGGAGUUCUCAGUCUACAUGACGAAGGAUGGCCGCAUCUCCGUGGCAGGGGUCACCUCUGGCAAUGUGGGCUACCUUGCCCAUGCCAUUCACCAGGUCACCAAGUAAUUACCAGGGUGCAAAGGAACAGAGACCACCUUUCCUCCAGCCUCUGCUCUCAUGAGAGUCGCGUGCGGGAGAAGGGGGGGUUGGGGGGGUGGUGAGUAGAUGUGUUUCCAACCACAGUGCAUAACGCCCAGCGAUGAACGUGUUCCUCGGGAAAGAGGUAGGGCAGAGGCUUCCACGGCUGGUGUCUGGAACUUUGGUGGCUCUAAACCAAACUCUCCCUCAUCCUAUCGUCUCCCACUUUUCUGAAAGAGUUUACACAUGCAAGAAAAUCACCACCAAAAACCUGCCAGCCAUGGCGUUGGAAUAGAGGCUUUACUGAAGCAUCCGUUGGUAUCAGGGGUUCCCCUGUGGGCCCAGCUGAGACCACUCAUUUUAGAGGUUGUGAGAGGAAAAAAAACCUAGUUCUGUCAUCAGCAGUCGUCCUUGUGUUUGUCCUCCCAGUAUGGAGCAACUGUGUCAGCAGAUCACAUUACAGAAAUUACGCUUUACAGAAACCAACGAAUCUGUUGCUGUUGCCACUUCAGCAAGGACAGUAAAUGAUGUUGUGUCUGGUCAGCUGUCUCCUCUUGUCAUUACUGUUCUGUAGAGUUUCAUCCCGUUGCUUGAUUGACCAUUAACCUCAUCCUGUCAGGACUUGCAUAAGAAUGGUUUUCUGCUCACGCCAGAGCCUCCUUUCUCAGCAAGGAGCCGUGGAGAGUGGGAACCUGCACUUCAUAGCAGUGUCCCCUUCAGUGAUUGGUUGGCUCCUACUGGGAUGGGGCCUCUGCCCAGCUGGACCUCUUCCUCCUGGCUGCACAGCCUGUCUCCUCACAUGAGUCAGACAGUGCAGCGUAGGAUCAGGAGAUAUUCUGGGGUUUGUAUGCUGCCAGCCCGGCUCAGACUCCGCCCUUUGGAAAGAUAACCGCCAUCUGCUCUAAUCAUGUAGACUUACUGCCGCCUGGUUUCUCUGUUACAAUAAAAUUACUAUAGACCCA